AAAAGGACACAUGGUUUUCCUCAGUUGGAGAAGAUUGCUGCACUUUUGCGGUAGGACCAGCUUUGGAAAAGACGUGCAGCAGAAGCACAGAGGCUGUUUGGUUUGGAGGUGCUACCAUAAAAGAACAUCAGGAAGACAUGUGGAUCCUGAAAUGAGAAUGUUUCUAAAGCAGAAUACGGAAAUCAUUGAUAGCGGGAACCUGACCCCAGAAAUAAGAUUACAUCUUCUGACUCCUAAUUGCAGGUUUUGGCAUGACAAAGCUGCUUUGUGGCCUUAUGGGGAGCCCUACUGGGCAAUGUACUGGCCAGGUGGCCAAGGAUUAUCCAGAUAUCUUCUUGAUAAUCCAAAAGUGGUCCAAAAGAAGAAAGUUCUGGAUCUAGGAAGUGGUUGUGGAGCAACAGCUAUUGCAGCUACACUAAGUGGAGCAUCACAAGUUGUUGCAAAUGAUAUUGAUCCCGUUGCAGCUGCUGCCAUAGUGCUUAACUGUGAACUGAACAACAUAGAUCCCAUCCCUGUUUUAACAGAGAACCUGAUUGGUACUGAUGUAGGCAAGUGGGACCUUAUUGUCUUAGGGGACAUGUUUUAUAGUGAAGAACUUGCGGACAGCCUCUCCGAAUGGUUGAAGAAAUGCAUCCAGGAUGGUCACACUGAAUUGCUGAUCGGGGAUCCUGGCAGACCCUAUUUUGUGACCAAUCAAUUUCAGAGAAUGUUGCACAAAGUUAGUGAAUAUGCUCUUCCUAAAUCAUCACCGGAAGAAUACAACGGUUCAACCAAAACUUUUAUCUGGAAUUAUCAGCCUUAAAUUUCAGGGGUCUUGGAAAUAUGAAAUCAGUUGAUGUUACUUUGAAUCUCUUGAACUCCAGUUCCCAUACAUUGAUAUUUUAGCCUCUAUCACUAUGUACAUUCCAGUAUGUUUGAACACUUUAUUUGCGGCCAUAUUAGAGUGGGACAACAGUAUGACAUACAAUCAAAACGUUUGCCUGAUUGUGGUCGAGA